AUGGAUACGGAAGAAAAUAUUCAAGAAGUUCUUGAAUCUGAAGAGGAGGUUGGCUCUGGUAAUGAAACUGAAGAAGGGGAUGACGAUUCAUUCGAAGAUUCUUCUGAAGAAAUGGAAGAAUCUUCGGAGGGCGAAUUUGAAGAAGAAGAACCAAAAUUGAAAUAUAAACGUCUCGAUGCCGCUGAGAUAUUAAAAAAAGACGCCGCAAGCGCGUUGGCAGUAUCCGAUCGUUUCGUGACUUUGGGAACACACAAUGGUGAUGUCUUCAUAUUAGACUUUGAUGGAAACCUGAUCAAACGAUUUUCAUCGCAUUCAGCAACUGUCAACGAUCUGUCAAUAGACACAGCCGAGGAAUAUGUUGCCAGCGCUUCAAUGGAUGGCAAAGUCGUCAUCCAUGGAAUGUAUGUUGACUCCACCCAAGUCUUUAAUUAUCGGCGUCCACUCAAAUGUGUCGCACUCGAUCCUGAUUUUAGCAAGAAAGAUACUCAACAAUUUGUAUCAGGUGGCUUGGCUGGUCAACUGAUCUUAAAUGAAAAAGGUUGGUUUGGUCAGAAGCAAGAUAAAGUGCUUCAACAUUCUGGGGAAGGUUCAAUAUAUGCCGCAAGGUGGAGAGGGACACUAAUCGCUUACGCUAAUGAAGAAGGUGUGAAAAUGUAUGAUACCCAGUCACAACAACGAAUUACUUAUAUAAAACGGCCGCAAAAUAGCCCACGAGCUGAUUUAUAUCGUUGCAACCUUUGCUGGCGUAGCGAUACUCAGUUGUUAAUAGGCUGGGCCAAUUAUAUUCAAAUAGCUACUGUUAAAGAACAAAAUAUAUCAGGCCAUCCGCCACUCUUUGCUGAAGUUAACAUGAUAUUAAACACAAAUGAUUAUAUUGUGUGUGGUCUCGCUCCAUUUGGUGAUAUGACAUUAAUAUUAGCUUACCUUAUUGACAUAAUAACAAAUGAGGGUUUAGAUGAUUCGGAGCAUAAGCGUCCUCAAGCUAAAUGCCCUGAACUUCGAAUUUUAAAUUCAUCUAAUGAUGAGAUUUCAAUUGAUGCAUUACCACUUAAUGGAUUUGCUCUUUAUCAAGCCAAUGAUUACGUGCUUGAUUAUUUUCCGUCGGAAGACAUGUUUUACGUUGUUAGUCCAAAGGAUCUUGUGUUAGCGAAGCCACGCGAUUCCGACGAUCACGUUGGUUGGCUUUUGGAUCGUUCUAGAUAUGAAGAAGCUUUAGCAUCGCUUCAUGAAGCUCAAGCUUGGGGCGGCAGUAAAGUCUAUGACUUGGACGAAAUUGGAGAGAGAUACUUAGUAUAUCUAGUUAAACAAGAGGAAUAUACAAAGGCUGCUGAAAAAUGUAAAAAAAUUCUUAAAACAAAUAAAAAUUUAUGGGAAAAAUGGAUUUUUACGUUUUCUGAAUUGAAGCACCUAAAGGAAAUCGCAACAUAUAUACCAUUUAACGAUCCACAACUCAGUAGUACUAUAUAUGAAAUUGUGUUGGCAUAUUUUUUGAAUUAUGACCAUAAGACUUUGUAUGAAACUAUAAUGAGUUGGCCACCAACAAUUUAUAAUAUUCAAAGUGUUAUUGAGCCAAUUGAAGAUGUUUUGGAAAAAGAACCUGAAAAUAAAACUUUAAUGGAAUGCUUGGCUGAACUAUAUGCUUACAACCGUGAACCUGAAAAAGCACUUGAAUAUAAUCUUCGUUUGCGUAGACCAAACGUUUUUGAUUUAAUAAGAAGAUUUAAUCUAUUCUCAGCUGUACAAGACAAAAAUAUGCCAGCAGUACAACUAUUAAUUGAAAAUACUGAUUCAGUUCCGAUUAGUCAUGUUGUUAGUCAAUUACAAUCCAAUCGUUAUUAUUUACACAUAUAUUUAGAUGCAUUAUUUACUCGAGAUCAUCAUAUGGGAUUUGAAUUCCACGACCUUCAAAUAGAAUUAUACGCAGAGUAUGAUUAUCAAAGAUUAAUAGAAUUCUUACGUGCUAGCAAUUAUUACUCUUUAGAAAAGGCAUAUGAAAUAUGUAAACAAAGAGAUUUAGUUCCGGAAAUGGUUUUCAUUCUUGGUCGUAUGGGUAAUAAUAAACAGGCUUUAAUGUUAAUUAUAAAGCGAUUAGGAGAUGUUCAACGUGCAAUCGACUUUGCUAAAGAGCAAGCUGACGAUAGACUAUGGGAAGAUUUAUUGAUAUAUUCAUUAGAUAAGCCACCCUUUAUUACUGGCUUAUUGGAGAAUCUUGGUAACAUUGACAUUGAUCCAAUACAACUACUCGAAAGAAUUCCUGAUGGCCUUGAGAUAUUUGGACUUAAGCAAGCUUUAAUUAAAGUUCUUCAAGACUUUAAUUUACAGGCGUCUUUAAGAGAAGGAUGUCAAACAAUAUUAGUGAGUGACAGUGUGUCUAUGGCUUGUCAGCUUCACAGAGCACAAAAGCGUGGAAUUUUAUGUGGAGACGAUAUGAAUUGCAAUAUUUGUUCAACACCUUUACUCAAAGAUGCCAUUGCGUCUGAUACUGCUUCUACACACUUAAUAUUCUUUUGCGGUCAUGCUUUCCAUGAAAAAUGUCUUCUCGAAAGCGAUGCAAUUCCAAAACUGCCAGAAAAUCUUAAUAAACCACAUUCGGUUGGUACAAAAGUCCGUCAUGCAACUGUUCUUCAGUCUAUGGCACCUAAGCCAAAAUGUCCAAUUUGUAACGAAUCGAAUCAAACCGCUAAACAAAAGGAAAAGCCCAUAAGAAUUCGUGGUUUUGUUCGCAGCAACAGGGAUGAUGAUGGUAUGCCUCCAAUGGUUCCUCUUAGACUCUGA